CUCUCGCUAUUGCUAGGACCUGCUGGUGGGACCCUCCCUUGUUGAAUUUAAUUGUCACGGAAUACGCAAUCAGGUCAUCUCCAGUUGACCCCCCAGACACCGUCCUGAUUCUAUCAAUUGCCGACUGCAAUAUAUGCCGAUGGACGGCCUGCUACUCAAAACGGCGACGUGAUGCGCGACUCCAAGUCCAUUCUUGCACGGCCAUGCCCACUCUCUUCCUACCGCAGCCUUCUGCUGGUGGCAGGCCUGUUACCACAGUUUGCUUUGGCCUCAAGCCAAAGUCCUCAACCGAUCGUCGCGUCCACGAAUACGGAUUUUCUGGGUUAUGAUGGCUCGUGGUCCACGGUCAGCAUCCGCGUAGGAUCGCCCGACCAGUGGCUGGACGUUCUGCCGAGCACAAUAAGUCAAGAGACAUGGGUAAUCGGUCCAGCUGGGUGUGAUAAUACCACCACAUGCCAGAAUAAACGAGGAGGCCUGUUCGCUGCAAUGGCUUCAACCACCUGGGUGGCGGAAGGCCUCUACGAACUCGACUUCGACACUCGCCUGGGUGAUCAGGGGUACGGGUACUACGGACUCGACACCAUCGCCCUCGGCGACACUACCUCUGUCACUGAGCAGAUCAUCGCCGUGGUGAACUCCACAGAUGAAUGGAUCGGUAAUCUUGGCCUUGGGGUUCAAGAUACUCGUUUCAGUGGGAGCGAGAACAAUCUGCCGUUCUUGUCGAGCCUGGUUGAAAACGGGAGCUACAUUCCGAGUCACAGUUACGGCUAUACGGCUGGGGCUUCCUAUCGUAAGUCCUGCAAUGAAUCCUUGCUGGUGUACCCACUAAUCUCGAUACUAGGCCUCAAAGGUGUCCCAGCUUCGCUCGUUUUUGGGGGCGUUGACGCAAACAAAUUCAUUCCAAACAGCGCCACAUUUUCAUUGACCUCCAACUAUUCUCCUGUCCUUGCUAUCAAUGAGAUAAUAGUCUCCUCGUCGGCCUCGAAUGGCGGCUCUUUGCCUUCCAACUGGGAUGCGAACCCUGUCAGUCUGCUCCAAGCUAGUCAAGCUGGCUCCAAUCUAUAUACGAUCGAUUCAUCUACACCCUUCCUGUGGCUUCCGGAGUCAGCUUGCGAUGCUUUCGCGAGCGCUUUGAACCUGACAUAUGACGACAACCUCCAGCUAUACUUGUUCUCAAAUGACAGCUUUUCAUCUCCGGACCUCCUCGCUUCCUGGAACUUGACCUUCACCUUCGCACUCAGCGACACGACUGGGUCCUCGGACGUGAUCCAACUCACGCUACCAUACGAUGCAUUUAACCUACAGCUAUCAUAUCCUUUUCCCAACCUCGCCGCCAACUCUUCCUCUCCCGCAACCAAUUAUUUCCCUCUUCGGAAAGCAGCAAACUCAACCCAAUACACAAUCGGCAGAGCUUUCUUGCAGGAAACCUAUCUUACUGUGGAUUAUGAGCGCAACAAUUUCUCUAUUUCACAGGCCAUUUUCACUGAAGAAGCUGUGAACAAUGUAAACCUGUUGGCGAUCACUCGUCCGAGCAGCAGUAUAUUCCCUGGACCUAAGACUGGCAGCUCAGGCAUUACAGCCGGCCAAGCUGCAGGCAUCGGCGUUAGCAGCGCCAUGACUGUCUUGCUGGUAGCGGCAUUGAUCUGGUGGCUGUGCUUCAAGCGAAAACGCUCCAAGAAAACUACCACGUCCGAAAAGCCCAUGAAGCGGAGCUUAUUCGCCAGACUACACCGUGCGCCCCAAUCAAAGACAUCGUUCUCCGAGCUUCUCGGCGAUAGGCGGCAGCCUACAGAAGUCCCUGCCGAUGCUUCAGCAACCCGGUACGAAAUGUCAGGAGAUACACCUAUUGAGAUGCCAGCGGAUCCCGUAUCCCCCAGAUAUUUGGCGACCAGUGCUGAUAGCGAGCAAAGAACGUCCGGCCUCUUGAGAAACAAUCCCAGACGCCUAGUAGAGCUCGAGAAUCAGGAUUCAUCAGCAAAGGCAGCCGAGGCAGCCGCUAGCGAUAGGUCGGUGUCCCCCGUACCUCCAUAUUCGCCGGCCGAGAUCAGCGACAAUCAUUUUAGCAGCAGCGGUGUCAGUCCUCACAGUGUCCAACACAGUCCCGGCUUUGGCACCGCAUCAUCUGGAGAACAGGGUAUCAGCCCGAUUGCCGCCAACAGUCAGCGAAACUCCAGGCAGCUGAGCAGCGGGUUUGGAGUGCCCAGCCCAAUAUCGCCACAAGCAACGUCUACGGCUCCACAACAUGCUACACAACUCUCAAGCGACAGCCCCUCCAUGAACACCAAUCGUAACAGUCUCAUGAUACCUCAAUUGAACGGACGACCUCCAUCUCGGUCGCCGAGUACAGGGAGCAGAUUCGUGGAGGAAGGCUUGACCACUGUGGCAGAUGACCGGCAGCCUACUUCCGCCCUGAGGCCGGCCUCUCAGGGCAGACGAUUCAGUUGGGAACAAUGACGUUCCACCACAAUUCCUACAACUAUUUGUGACGAUUUUGAAUGACUUGAAUGUCUGUAAUGAUACUGCCAUAGUCCGGGAGGAUGGAAUGGUCUCAACUUGCCAGUUUUGGGGCGUAAGUGAGAUCUUGUGGCAUCACCGUUUUUGUGCUCCGCAAUAAUGAAAAGCGGUUUCUCAUCCAUCUACACGUUGGACAAGUUAGACCCUAAACAGAAGCGUAUUUGAAUGUUGCCAUGCCCGGUGACCUUGACCUUGCUAAAAGCUACCAGAAUCAAGUGACCUAAUAUAGGUGAAUAGAGGAACUUGCGCUGGUUUGUGAGUGUGUCAUUGUGACUGCUUAGUG